GGGACACUCGGAAGUGAGACAAGACUGGGCCUUUUUUGCCAAACAGAAUCAAUUCCUAACCCAUAGGGUUGAGGGCUCACUGUGGGGCAGGGACCCUGCUCAGCAUUUAACAGACGUCAUCUCACUGACCUCACAAUGGCCUUUGAGAGGUAGACGCUAAUAUUCCCAUGUUACAGGUGGAGACACCAAGGCCCAGACGGGCCACGUGACUUGUUCAAGAUCCCACGGCUUAGUUGGUGCCGGAUCCCAGGUCAUCCCCCAUUUGUCAGACUCUGGAGACCAUAGCUGGUGCCCUGUGGCCAGAGAGCACUCACCUCCCCCACCUUGGAAGGCUCUGAACCUGGUGCCUGGAGGCUGUGGGGUGUCACGGGUGGGCUCCAUGAUUGGAAGGGAAGGUCACAGCCUCCUGCCUCCAUCCCAGCUGGAUGGACAGGCCCUGAGCUGUGAGACCAGGGCAUUCACUGCUGAGCCUUCUGGUCACCCUAUAUCAAUGGCUUUCCCUUGAGCCCAGGCCCAGCCAGCCCUCAAAGGGCUGUAGAGACUUUGGGUUCCUGUAGUCACCCAGGUGGGGACAGAGAGGCCUGACUCAAACCCCAAGUCCUCAGCUGGGCCCUCUCAGUCUGCCCUCUUUGGCUCCCAGCCUCUCUUGUCCUUCUGCGUCAUGCACUGGCCACACAGGCCUCUGGGACUUCAUGUGGGGUAACCUGUCCUCCCACCGUGAUUCUCAAGACAAACCCAGGCUGUGGUUCUGUGACCCUAUCCCACGUCUCUGCACCUGCAAUCAUUUCCAUGUCAUUUGUCUGCCCCCCCCCCCCCCACUGAACUGAGCUUCCCGGGGACAGGACGGACCUGUCAUUUGUGGCGCAUGCCAGGCCCCUCGGGUCGCAUCAGGCGUUUGAUAACCACUGGUGGGCUGCCUGAAGCUGCUGGAGUGCCCCUGUCCUUCGAAAAAACUCUAAGCAGUGGAGGCAGCCUCCAAGAGGCAGAUCCAUUACCAACCGAUCACCCAACCCUCCCUCUAAUGGAAAUCAGAUCUUACAGAUUAUUGCCAUUUGAUUGGACUCUCAUGCACCGAAGCCAAAUUCAAGACUGAUCAAAAAAUAGGAAUAAAGCCCCAACCUGCCAGCUUAAUGAAAUGCUGUCACGGGGUGGGGGGGGGGGGGGGGCGGGGCCCGGCCCCAGCCGACCCAAGAUGAUGCCGUCAGUGACGUCCUUCACUCCGUCUGGUGCCCGGGGAGGCCUUUGGCGUGGCCCCACUGUCCGGUCCACAGGACGGGGUCCCAGGGCCCAGGCCAAUGGGGCGGGUGGGCCUGGCUCACAGGGGUCCACGCUGCGCUGCUCCGAGGGAACCUGGUAAGAGCAGGGGUUAGUUCAGGGCCUGCGUCUGGGGGCCUCUGGGCCAGGGCAGCGGGAGGACUACAUUUCCCAGACUCCUCCAGUCCCGGGGAGUGAGCCAUUGGAAGAUUUAAAUAGCCCAGGCCCUGAGGCAGCGAGGCCGCAGCUGUGGACUCGUCCGCCUCCCCGGUGGCUCCAUUGGCGCUGGCCCGCAUCGGUGGGCUCGAUUGGCUGCGCAGCUGGCACUGACGUCCCCGUGGAGCCCGGUGGCAGCUGGAGGUAAACAGCCAUGUGCAAUCCUGCACUCUAUAUUUAACAGCUGCUGCGGAGAAGGCAGGGAGGCAGGGAGUGGUGGCGGGAUCCCCGGGCGGCUCCAGUCUUCGGGGAGAAGGCCUCCCAGCCCGGCUGGCACCGGCCCUCGUGGCGCGAGGCGUCACCAUGCCAGCCUCCCAGAGCCGCGCCCGGGCCCGGGACCGCAACAACGUCCUCAACAGAGCCGAGUUCCUGUCCCUGAACCAGCCCCCCAAGGGCGCCCCGGAGCCCCGCAGCUCGGGCAGGAAGGCCCCGGGCCCCUCGGCGCAGCCCCCGUCCCCUGGCGAUGGGGCCCGCGAGAGGCGCCAGUCACAGCAGCUGCCCGAGGAGGACUGCAUGCAGCUGAACCCCUCCUUCAAGGGCAUCGCCUUCAACUCCCUGCUGGCCAUUGACAUCUGCAUGUCCAAGCGGCUGGGGGUGUGUGCCGGCCGUGCCGCGUCCUGGGCCAGCGCCCGCUCCAUGGUCAAGCUCAUUGGCAUCACGGGCCACGGCAUCCCCUGGAUCGGGGGUACCAUCCUCUGCCUGGUGAAGAGCAGCACACUGGCCGGCCAGGAGGUGCUCAUGAACCUGCUCCUGGCCCUGCUCCUGGACAUCAUGACGGUGGCCGGCGUGCAGAAACUCAUCAAGCGCCGCGGCCCGUUCGAGACGAACCCCAGCCUCCUGGACUACCUCACCAUGGACGUGUACGCCUUCCCCGCUGGGCACGCCAGCCGCGCGGCCAUGGUGUCCAAGUUCUUCCUCAGCCACCUGGUGCUGGCCGUGCCCCUGCGCGUCCUGCUGGUACUCUGGGCCUUCUGCGUGGGCCUGUCGCGCGUGAUGAUCGGACGGCACCACAUCACGGACGUCAUCUCGGGCUUCGUCAUCGGCUACUUCCAGUUCCGCCUGGUGGAGCUGGUCUGGAUGUCCUCGAACACCUGCCAGAUGCUCAUCUCCGCCUGGUGAGCCGCCUGCUCGGGGCUCCGGGAGCCGAGAGAGGAGGCAGGCGCGGCGGCCGACCGGCGGCCUCACGUCCCCCGUCGCGGUUGGAGGCUGGCGACCGCGGCCGGGCCGCCCGGAGGCUCGGUGCGGCCGGCAGGGGCGGGUGCUCUCUGCCCCUUUGCCUGGACCGCGCGUGUCCUCUCUGGGCCACGCUUUGCUUCCGCCACGGAGAAGGCAGGCGAGAACUAAAGGUGGCGGGAGCGGGGCCGGGUCUUGUCCUGUCCCUCGGUCGCCGUCACGACCGCUGAGUGCUUGGCUGUGCCCGCCGUGCCCACAGCACGCUGCCUGGCAGAGCGCCCCCCCCACCCACCGCCCAGCACAGGUGCCACUGCCAUUAACGGUCAUCGGCAGCUCAGGGCAGCACUCUCCGAAGGGCGCCCUGCCGGAUGCCAGCCUGCAAGACGCUUUGGGAAGGAAAAGGGUUUUGUGGUCAAAUAAACUUGGGCAAUGCCGCGCACCGUGGCCCCGUGCCGGACAUUCACGAGGGCUGUUGUCGCCAUAAAGGCUCUGACAAGUCCUGUGCAAAUGCUUCCUGUCAAACUCCGUGUGUCCUCAGCGCAUUUGACCACAGACCCCUUUUCUCGAGGAACAGCUACUAACCCCCAAAGAACCGCCGUCUCCUCAAGCGCGUUUUGGGAGAGGCCGCCCGGGAGCCGGAGGGCCUGAGGCACGCGUGGGCCUCUCCCAGCGCCUGCGCAGAGCUCACGGCCGCGGGCAUCGGUGCCGCUUUGGCCCCCAGGGGCCGGACUCCAUGUGACCUGAUAGGUCGUUUCCAAGUACCCAUCAUGGAUGUGCAUUUCAUGUGACAAUACAAGGCGAUAUGCAGCGGA